AUGGCAUCAAGAUCUGCCACCCAGCGCGACUUCGCUUGCAAAACACAUGCACAGAGCUACCCCUUCAUCUCACCUCUCAAGCUCAACCUGCGUGGUCUACACGUACUUGUCACCGGAGCCGCAUUCGAAGACGGAGUUGGUUUUGCGGUCGCCACAGCAUUUGCUCGAGCUGGGGCAUCUCGCAUUGCUUUGAUCGAUCUGCACGGUGUCAACGAAGCGCUGACCGAGAAGCUCAAGGCAGCGGCUGUUGAAGCAGGACGUGUGGAACCAGUCAUCAUCGUCGGAUGCGUUGAUAUCUCCCAGCAGCAAAGCGUCAACACUUUCCAGAAGCGUCUGUCAGACAAACUCGAUGGCCGUCUUGACAUUCUGGUCAAUAACGCAGCCCACCAAGAGCCUUACGCGUCCUUUCUCGAGUCGGACCCCGAGCAAUACUCGAGGACCUGGGAUGUCAACGUCCACGGCCUCUUCAACAUGGCUCGCGCUUUCUUGCCGAUGAUGCUACCUCGGGCAGCCGAAGAGCAGCGGAGGAAUGCACUGAUGAUCAAUGUCGCCUCCUCCGGCGCACUGUCAGUUCGAGCAGGUAGCUCAGCGUAUCGGACUUCCAAACUCGCCAUCCUUCGUUGGACAGAAGCGAUCCAUCUGGAAUACCGCGAGCAGGGCCUGACCGCUUUCUGCGUCAAUCCAGGCGCAAUCAAGACUCAGAUGACGGUCAACGAACCAGAAGAACUGCGUAAUCGGCUUCCCCAUAAGCCCGAAAUCGCCGGUGAUACUAUCGCUUGGCUGACCAGCGAAUCCAGGACUUGGUUGGGAGGAAGAUACGUCAGCUGUCCUUGGGAUAUGGAAGAACUGCUGUCAAGAAAGGACGAAAUACUGGGCGCAGACAAGUUGAAAGUCAGAAUGUUGUAUUGA